GAGCGCCAGGAGCCGCUACCAGAGGGACUGGAGAAGCGGCCGGAGCCUGUCCGGACGGACGCCUGCGAGCUCGCGUCCCUCCGCAUCCUCAGCUUUCCGGGCUGUCAGUCGGCUAGCGGCGACUGAGGAAGUUUUUAAAAUGAAGAAGUUUAAUUUCCGAAAAGUUUUGGAUGGCUUAACGGCCUCAUCCCCUGGCAGCAGCAGUGGCAGUAACAGUGGUGGUGGGGCUGGAAGUGGUUCCACACAUCCGGCAGGGACUGCAGGGAUUCUCAGAGAGGAGAUUCAGGAAACCUUGACUUCAGACUAUUUCCAGAUUUGUAAGACAGUUCGGCAUGGUUUUCCUUAUCAGCCCACCACAUUAGCCUUUGAUCCAGUUCAGAAAAUCUUGGCUAUUGGGACGAGAACUGGUGCUAUACGAAUACUUGGAAGACCUGGUGUUGAUUGUUAUUGUCAACAUGAAAGUGGUGCGGCUGUCCUGCAACUCCAAUUCUUGAUCAAUGAGGGUGCUUUGGUCAGUGCAAGUUCAGAUGAUACACUUCAUUUGUGGAACCUUAGACAAAAAAAGCCAGCUAUUCUUCAUUCUCUCAAAUUUAACAGAGAACGAAUUACUUACUGUCAUCUACCUUUCCAGAGUAAAUGGCUCUAUGUUGGAACAGAAAGAGGAAAUACACAUAUUGUAAAUAUUGAAUCUUUCAUUCUUUCUGGAUAUGUUAUCAUGUGGAACAAGGCAAUUGAACUAUCCACAAAGACUCAUCCAGGUCCAGUUGUGCAUUUAAGUGAUAGUCCAAGAGAUGAAGGGAAAUUGCUAAUAGGUUAUGAAAAUGGUACUGUAGUUUUCUGGGACUUGAAAUCUAAAAGAGCAGAACUGAGAGUUUACUAUGAUGAGGCUAUUCAUUCAAUUGAUUGGCAUCAUGAGGGCAAACAGUUCAUGUGCAGCCAUUCAGAUGGUAGCUUGACUUUAUGGAACCUGAAAAGCCCCAGUCGUCCUUUCCAGACCACAGUUCCACAUGGAAAAAGUCAAAGAGAAGGAAGAAAACCUGAAUCUUGCAAACCAAUUCUUAAAGUAGAAUACAAGACUUGUAGAAACAGUGAACCAUUCAUAAUAUUUUCUGGUGGACUGUCCUAUGACAAAGCUUGCAGAAGACCAAGUUUAACUAUCAUGCAUGGAAAAGCAAUUACAGUGCUUGAAAUGGAUCAUCCUAUUGUUGAAUUUCUAACUUUAUGUGAAACACCCUAUCCAAAUGAAUUUCAAGAACCUUAUGCUGUUGCAGUACUCCUGGAGAAAGAUCUCAUUGUAGUUGAUCUGACACAAAGCAACUUUCCAAUCUUUGAAAAUCCAUAUCCCAUGGACAUUCAUGAAUCACCAGUUACGUGCACAGCAUAUUUUGCUGAUUGCCCACCAGAUUUGAUUCUAGUGCUCUACUCUAUAGGAGUCAAGCAUAAAAAACAAGGAUACAGUAAUAAGGAGUGGCCAAUCAGUGGAGGAGCUUGGAACCUUGGCACACAAACAUAUCCAGAAAUCAUUAUUACUGGGCAUGCAGAUGGAUCAAUCAAGUUUUGGGAUGCAUCUGCAAUAACUUUGCAGAUGCUAUACAAGCUAAAAACUUCAAAAGUAUUUGAAAAACAGAAGGUAGGAGAAGGGAAACAAACAUGUGAGAUUGUAGAGGAAGACCCAUAUGCCAUUCAGAUGAUCUACUGGUGUCCAGAGAGCAGAAUAUUCUGUGUAUCAGGAGUCUCUGCAUAUGUCAUAAUUUAUAAAUUCAGCAGACAUGAAAUUACAACAGAAAUAGUGUCAUUAGAGGUACGACUGCAGUAUGAUAUUGAAGAUAUUAUUACCCCAGAACCAGAAACAAGUCCUCCAUUUCCAGAUCUUUCAUCCCAGCUUCCUUCAAGGAGUCUUUCUGGAAGCACUAACACUGUGGCUAGUGAAGGAGUAACAAAGGACAGUAUCCCAUGCCUCAAUGUUAAGACACGACCAGUGAGGAUGCCUCCAGGAUAUCAAGCAGAACUUGUUAUUCAGUUGGUGUGGGUGGAUGGUGAACCUCCACAACAGAUUACUAGCCUUGCUGUGAGCUCAGCGUAUGGAAUAGUUGCAUUUGGGAACUGCAAUGGGUUGGCUGUGGUGGAUUUUAUACAGAAGACUGUACUGUUAAGCAUGGGGACCAUUGACCUGUAUAGAUCAAGUGACAUAUACCAACGACAACCACGGUCUCCUCGAAAAAACAAGCAGUUCAUUGCAGAUUCUGGUAUGAUAUCACUUCCUUUCACUUUAGACUAUUUUUCUCUCUUCCUUCUGCCUGCUGCUGAUGCUGGUGUUCUGGCAUGUUCCAAAGACAACUUUUGCAUGCGUGGCCUGUCUAACUUUUAUCCUGAUUUAACGAAACGGAUCCGUACUUCCUAUCAGAGCUUAACUGAGUUGAAUGACAGUCCAGUUCCCCAGGAACUUGAGCGCUGCAAGUCUCCUACUUCAGGACUUGCUACCAGAACUCCUGAGGCAGCACCAGGCUUUUAUAGGAAUGAAAUACCAGCUAUGAGACAGAGGAAUCAAGUACAUCAUUUGCCAGUUAAAGGAUCAAGAAAGUUAAGUCUGCCAACAGAUCUUAAGGCUGAUCUUGACCAUGUAAAUGGACACUGCACAAGUCCCACUUCUCAGAGCUGCAGUUCUGGAAAACGACUUUCCAGUGCUGAUGUUUCAAAAAUAAAUCGCUGGGGUCCUGGAAGACCACCAUUUCGAAAAGCACAGUCAGCUGCUUGCAUGGAGAUUUCUUUGCCAGUUACAACAGAAGAAAGUCGAGAAAAUUCCUAUAAUCGUUCUAGAAGCUCUAGCAUCUCCAGCAUUGACAAAGAUUCUAAAGAAGCGAUUACAGCACUAUACUUCAUGGAGUCCUUUGCUCGGAAAAAUGACUCUACCAUCUCCCCUUGUUUGUUUGUUGGAACUAGUCUGGGAAUGGUGUUAAUCAUCUCCCUAAACCUACCUUCAGCAGAUGAACAAAGAUUUACAGAGCCAGUCAUGGUAUUGCCAAGUGGUACAUUCCUCUCAUUGAAAGGAGCUGUCCUAACAUUUUCCUGUAUGGACCGAACUGGUGGGUUAAUGCAACCACCAUAUGAAGUUUGGAGGGAUCCAAACAACAUAGAUGAAAAUGAGAAAUCUUGGAGAAGGAAACUGGUCAUGAACUGCCCCUCUCCAUCCCAAGAAAUAGGAGAUCAUCAGUACACAAUAAUCUGCUCAGAGAAACAAGCUAAAGUCUUCUCACUGCCUUCUCAGACUUGCCUCUACGUUCAUAACAUCACAGAAACAUCUUUUAUACUGCAAGCAGAUGUGGUGGUCAUGUGUAACAGUGCCUGCUUGGCAUGCUUUUGUGCCAAUGGGCAUAUAAUGAUAAUGAGCCUACCUAGUCUUCGCCCAAUGUUAGAUGUGAAUUAUUUGCCACUGACAGACAUGCGGAUAGCACGGACAUUCUGUUUUACCAAUGAAGGACAGGCAUUAUACCUAGUCUCUCCUACUGAAAUUCAGCGGUUAACAUACAGCCAAGAGAUGUGUGAUAAUCUACAGGACAUGCUGGGAGAUUUGUUUACUCCUAUAGAAACACCAGAAGCUCAAAACAGAGGCUUUCUCAAGGGCCUGUUUGGUGGAAGUGGACAAACAUUUGACAGAGAAGAGCUCUUUGGGGAAGCUUCCGCAGGAAAAGCGUCCCGCAGCCUCGCACAGCACAUUCCUGGACCAGGUGGUAUAGAAGGGAUGAAAGGCGCUGCUGGAGGGGUGAUGGGAGAGCUGACUCGUGCACGGAUCGCACUUGAUGAGAGAGGACAGAGGCUAGGAGAGCUGGAGGAGAAAACUGCAGGCAUGAUGACCAGUGCAGAGGCAUUUUCCAAACAUGCACACGAGUUAAUGCUGAAAUAUAAGGAUAAGAAAUGGUACCAAUUCUAAACUUCUAAAGAAGCUAUGACUGCUUUGAGAAACCAUUAUUCAGGGAAACCAAAUUUAUUCCCAGCAUCAAUAUUCAACUGCUAGAAGCCAGUUUCUUCUACAAAAUGUUCCAUUAUAGUCCAUCUGAAGUUAUCAUAAGGGAGACUUAUCAGAGACAUUGUGCAACCCAAGGCUGGAAUCCUGGUUAAAAUCCCAAGAUAUGGCUGAAUUUGCCUUUUCCCACAUGGAAUGGAGCUAUCAUCUUGGCAUGUUGUUUGCUAAGAAUUUACAUUUAGGAACUACGGGGAGUCCUUCUGAUUUGAAAAAAUCCUGUACAAACAAAAAGCAUUAAUGCACUUAAUGAAAAAAAAUUGCAUGAUAAAUUAACAUCUUAAGAGGAAAAGAAAAAAGCAUGUUGUGACAGAAGAAGAAAAAAGAUUUAUGGUAAACUAUUUUUAUAAAUUGGGCCACACCUGACAAUUAAAAAAAAAAAUCUGCAUUAGAAGAUAUCAGUGCAUUUCCAGUACAUUUGCAAUACCCAACUUACAAAGCAAACAAAACCAGAGUUUUCUUGUCAUCUAUAACUUUCAUUAUAUACUAGGAUAUUAUUGAAUUCUUAUGUCAAGAGUCUGAUUAACAUUGUUCUUUCUCCAUAAUAUUUUACAUUAUUCACAGUUCUCAGUCAUAAUCAAAUAUAGCCAGUACAGUAAAUUAUUCCUAACACAAUUAUUUCCAUCACCUUCAGAACAAGUUGCUAUUUUCAGUCACAACCAGGGUGGGGUCACCUUGAAGCAUAUUUUCAGCUUGGCUUAUACUCUGCAGGGGAGUUGACAAUAGGUUUGGGGAAACUAGACUUACAAGAACAAUGCUGUUAGCUUUGAGAACUGAUUUCACACACUCUGGUUUCAGUUUCUAAAGUGAUAUAUUUUUAAUGCUCCAUUUGUAUCCUUGUCUGCCAGUUAC